CCCGACACACUCCCACCGGAAGUGAAACUCUCUCGCUGUACUGACGCUCGUAUCCUUCGUCUUGUUUAUCUUCGUCGAGAUGAACGCUAGCCAGCUUUACUUAUAUUUAUUGGAGUCUCGUUAAAUAGCUAUAAUUCAGAUUAUAUUAAUGAGUUUUUAAGGUGUUUAGAGUGUGUUUGUGUCACACAGCAGGCGUUAAUACGAGUGUUUAGGGAUUGUUGGAGUGUUUUGGCCUGAGCUGAGACACAUUCAUAAAUUUCACACAUUUAUUCUUUUAUUUCUCAGGAGUUUAGUGUGUUUUCUUAUAUUUGUAUAAUAAAUCAUGGCUGUUGUCAACGAAGGAGCUCUGAAAAAGAUGCUGAAGCAAUACAAGUACAGAGAUCUCACUGUCCGAGAGAUAACAAACGUCAUCUCUCAGUACAAAGACCUCAAACCCGUUAUGGAUGCGUACGUGUUUAAUGACGGAUCAUCCAGAGACUUGAUGAGCCUCACAGGAACUGUACCAGUUAGUUAUAGAGGGAAUGUGUAUAAUAUUCCCGUGUGCCUGUGGCUGUUGGAUACGUAUCCCUACAAUCCUCCUAUAUGUUUUGUGAAGCCCACCAGUGCGAUGAUGAUCAAGACCGGCAAACACAUUGAUGCCAAUGGCAAGAUCUACCUGCCUUACCUGCACGAGUGGAAACACCCUCAGUCAGAUCUAUACGGGCUUAUCCAGGUCAUGAUUGUCGUGUUUGGUGAGGAGCCGCCUGUUUUCUCCAGACCCACCACACAACCUCCUUACCAGGCCUUCCAAGCAGCUGGACCUCCGAACCAGUCCUAUAUGCCAGGAAUGCCAGCAGUAUCUCCCUACGGGCCCAACCCAAACCCAUGUGGUUACCCAGGUUACCCUUACCCAGGAGGCAAUGCUUAUCCUGCCACAGGUGGUCCUGCACAUUAUACUUCCCAGACUCCUGUCACUACUGUGGGUCCAAGUCGUGAUGGUACCAUCGGUGAAGAUACCAUCCGAGCGUCACUAAUCUCCGCUGUGAGCGAUAAACUGCGCUGGAGAAUGAAGGAGGAGAUGGACAGAGCGCAAGCCGAGCUGGACGCCCUGAAGAGGACAGAGGAAGACCUGAAGAAAGGACACCAGAAGCUGGAAGACAUGGUGUCCCGCCUGGACCAAGAAGUGGCUGAGGUGGACCGAAACAUUGAGCUCCUCAAGAAGAAGGACGAGGAACUGAGUGAAGCUCUGGAGAAGAUGGAGAACCAAUCAGAAAACAAUGACAUUGAUGACGUGAUCAUACCCACAGCCCCGCUCUACAAACAGAUCCUGAACCUGUAUGCGGAGGAGAACGCUAUAGAGGACACCAUCUUUUACUUGGGAGAAGCCCUGCGUAGAGGAGUCAUCGACCUGGAGGUCUUUCUCAAGCAUGUGCGCCUGCUGUCCCGAAAACAGUUCCAGCUGCGAGCGCUCAUGCAGAAAGCACGGAAGACCGCUGGACUUAGUGACCUUUACUGACCCUGCCGCUACCAAUACAUUCUCCUUCCGACACUCCAGCUCUGAUCAUAUGACCCAGACUCUGAUCUGGUCGCUUUGUGGUAUGUCAGUGGGAGUUCACCAGUGAUAUUUUACUUCUGUGUGAAUUUUAGCUACUGUACACCUCCCUGGUUUUAUUUUCUUAUUUUGGAAAAAGCAAAAUGCAAAUCAGGUACGAUAUUUGAACUCUAGAAAGUAAAAACUAGUCCUGAGAAUUAGAAGUAAAUGAGACGUCAGAGACAUUACGUUCCUUCUUUCAUUUGAGCUUCUGGCAGGCGUUUGGGUCUUUGGCUUUAGAUACUACUGCUAUUAACUGUACAGACUGAUACAUUUAUGUGACAUCCCCAGGAAAUAUAUGAGAAGAUUGCUCUCAGUUGUGAAUAGCAACUCCUAUUUUCAUUCAGGCACUGUUACAAAAUAUUGUCAUAUUCCAUACUUAUGUGAAUCACAGGAAAAUGCACCCCAAUAAUUAAAAAAGAAUGUAUACAUUUUGCAUAAAAAGAUGAAACCUAUUUUUAGGACUGUUACGUUUUUUUUUAAGUACAUUUACGCUCUAAAAUUCCUGUUGCCGUAAUGAGGAAAAGUGUCUUAUUGUGAUUGCUGUAAUACAGUAAUAAAAUUAAAUUAAAUUAAUUAAAAUCAGCAUCAUUUAAAUUCAGUAACACAAACAAGAUGUUUAAUUUGUGUUUUAUCAUUAUCAAUAUUUUUUUUCUCUCUCGACAGUGAGAAUUUGAGAGGAAAAAAUUUGUUUAAUAUCACAAUGCAGGAUAUCUAUCUAAAAAUAGACUUCAUUUACUUUAUGCAAAAUAUAAUUUAUUCCUUUUUUUUUUAUUUUGGGGUAAAAUAUGAAAUUUCUUGAGUUUUUAUGGGAUUCACCUUAUGGAGAAGUUACAUAAGUUAUGACUUAUGGUUCAAUAUUUCAAUUUUAUUACAUUUAUUUUGCCGAGUUUAUUAUUUAUCUCAUCACAGUUGGGAACUAUUUGGUGUUCCAGAUUUGUUAUGAUGUUAUAACUGUAAAUCAUUUAAUAUGGUUUGUUACUAAUAAUGUUACAUUUGAAAACUGAAAAGCUAUAAACUGUUGUACUGUACUUUCAAUUUUCAGACUGAUUAUUCUUCCAAAUGUGUUUAAAAUUAAUUCUUUAGACUUUAUUUUUUUUGUGGAGAUCUUACCUGUUGCUUUGCAGUCAAUUGUUUUAAUGCACUUUUGGGAUGUGAAUUAGAUUUUUAAAACUUGAGUUGCUGUUUCUGAGAGAUUUUUCCCCCUAAUAUUUGUUCUUAUUUGUUCCAGGCUGUAGAUUAUAUGUUGAGAAGAUCAAAUAAAAGAACAUGAUCUUUAAUCAUGAUAGAUUUGUGAA